AUGUCUGCUCUGCGACUGCAGUUUUCCGCGAUUACUUCCCGCACUCCAGACCCUUCAAGCUGCACUGGCCAGCCGUUGGAGCACGAUGCAAUAAGUGGCCGCGAGAAGCAGCGUCAGACUGCUAAAGCUGCGGCGGGAGCACACUGCGAAUGCCCCACGCCGUACACGGAUGGACGGGCUGCCGCGCCGCCCCAGAGACUCUCGACUAUAAAGAGUGAAAAUGAAAAUGGACAAGAAAGUGAUGGAGAGCGUGGUAACACCCAGCAGCUUCAACAGCAGCAAACGCUGCAGCACCGCCUAGGCGAAGGGAAGGUACCGCUGGUUGUUUAA